AUGCUGGUGGGAGCCCUGCGUGGCCUCCUGCUCCUCUGCCUUGUUGAGGAGGCCAUCAGCAAAGUCAGAAGAUACUACAUUGCUGCAGUGGAAACCUCCUGGGACUACACACACAGUGACCUGCUGUCCGUGCUGCAAGUGCCUGCAGGCGUUUCGGGGCAUACAGGCUCACGGCCCCCCACACCUGGUAUCCCUCCCCGGUACAAGAAAGCUGUGUUUGUGGAGUACCCUGAUGCCUUGUUCAUACAGCCCAAGCUCAAGCCAGCAUGGAUGGGUCUUCUGGGCCCUACCAUCCGAGCAGAAGUCUAUGACACAGUGGUCAUCACAUUUAAAAACCUGGCCUCCCGCCCCUACAAUCUCCAUGCCGUCGGAGUGUCCUACUGGAAGGCUUCAGAGGGUGCAGGGUAUGAAGAUGAGACCAGCCAGCCAGAGAAGGAGGGUGACAGGGUGGAUCCUGGGAAGACACACACAUACAUCUGGGAAAUCCAGCAAAACCAGGGCCCAACGGAUGAUGACUCACCAUGCCUGACCUAUUCCUACUCCUCCAACACCCACAGCGUGAAGGACAUCAACUCUGGCUUGAUCGGAGCCCUGCUCGUGUGCCGACCUGGGACCCUGGUGAGCGGUGGGAAUGAGGGCUUGCAGCAAGAGUUUGUGAUGCUCUUCGCAGUGUUUGAUGAAGGGAAGAGCUGGUACUCUGAGCCUGGCUCCCCAGCAGCUCCUCAGUCUCACAAUAGAACAGAGCUGCACACCAUCAAUGGCUACGUCAAUGGCUCACUGCCUGGUCUCACACUGUGCCUCAAGAAGCAGGUCCACUGGCAUGUGAUUGGGUUGGGCUCUGGGCCAGAAGUCCACUCCAUCUUCUUUGAAGGCCACACAUUCCUCGUGAGAAGCCACCGUCUCAGCAACCUAGAAAUCUCCCCUGCCACAUAUCUCACAGCCCAGACCAUGCCAGGAACAGCUGGCUGGUUUCGGAUGUUCUGCCAGAUACCAUCCCAUCAGCAAGCUGGCAUGGAGGCCAUUGUGAAGGUGGAGGAGUGUCCUGAGGAACGCCUGAUAAAGAUGGUGAAGCUGUCAGACGAGCCAGAGGUCAUAGAUUACCCUGAAGAAGAUGAGGAAACUUAUCAUGUGAUCCAACCACGCUCUUUUGCCAAAGCAAGGCCUAUGACCUGGACUUACUACAUCGCAGCUGAGGAGAUGGACUGGGACUAUGCCUCUGUGAAGCCAGAGUCUCUGGAUAGAAACAUCACGAGCCUGUACCUGGAGACUGGGCCUCAGCGCAUCGGCUCUAAGUACAAGAAAGUGAUGUUUGUGGAGUAUGAGGAUGCAACCUUCAAGAAGCGCAAGGUGUCAGAUCAACUGGACAAGGGAAUUCUGGGGCCUGUCAUUAAGGGGGAGGUUGGAGACCAGUUUAAGAUCGUGUUCAGAAACCUGGCAAGCCGACCCUACAACAUCUACCCUCACGGCCUCACCAGUGUAAGGCCAUACCACACCUUGAAAUCCUCUCGAGAUGUGAAGGACAUUCCUAUCCUCCCUGGCCAGUCAUUCACCUACAGCUGGAAGCUCACCCCUGAGGAUGGGCCAACGCAGGCAGAUCCUCGCUGCCUCACCCGUUUCUACUACAGCUCCAUCGACCCAGUCCGAGACACAGCCUCAGGUCUGAUUGGGCCCCUCCUGAUCUGCUUUCAGAAGUCCAUGGAUCAGAGGGGAAAUCAGAUAAUGUCAGACAAGACAAAGUUGGUGCUGUUUUCAGUCUUUGACGAGAAUCACAGCUGGUACCUGGAGGAGAACAUUAGGAGGUUCUGCUCUGAUGCAGCCCAUGUGGACACCCAGGACCCCCAGUUUUAUGCCUCCAAUGUGAUGCACACUAUUAAUGGCUUUGUGUUUCACAACCUCCAACCAAAACUCUGCCUGCAUGAUGUUGUGUACUGGUAUGUCCUGAGUGUUGGAGCCCAAACAGAUUUCCUCUCCAUCUUCUUCUCUGGAAACACGUUCAAGCGCAACAUGGUCUUUGAGGAUGUGCUUACCCUGUUCCCAUUUUCUGGAGAAACCGUCUUCAUGAGUUUGGAAAAGCCAGGUGUCUGGACACUGGGCUGUCUGAAUUCUGAUUUCAGAGACCGAGGGAUGCAUGCCAAAUUCACAGUCUUGCAGUGCCAGCAUGACACUGAUGGAGAAGAUUAUGUGUAUUCUGAUGAGGAGGAAGAGGAGGCCUUUGAUUUACAACCCAGGAGCUUCUCUAAAAGAAAGAAUUGGGGCAAGCCAUGUGUGAAUGAGCAACUGAACAACAUCACGUCUUCCAGAAAUGAGACAGAGAAGACAAGAUUGUGCUUGACAGAACCCAGACAGGGGGCCCUCCAGAGCAGUGACAGGAUUUCGGAUCCCUCCUCCAAUGGCACAUCAACAUUUUUAGGAACAAUGCCAAAUCCUCCUGAUAUUUCCAUGUCUUCUCCACCAGAGACAAACUAUGACCCAGUGUCCUAUGAAAACUUCCUUGAAGAUGAAGAAGAAUUGUCAAAAAUCAUGAACCAGGAUGAAGGGUUUGGAGCUCUCCCACCUGAAGAACACAUGGUGAGUGUCAGGGUCCAUGGUACUGUGAGCUCAGAAGAAGGUCAACAAUGGCUUCAACAAGCCACACCAACUCCAAAAGAUGCUCUGGCAGGAAGGAAGGUGACAAAAAUCUCAGAGGGGCAGGAUCCAGUAAAAGGGGCAAUGGUCCAGCCUGGUGAUAUGACAGAGAUCCUGGAAGCAGAGCCUCAAAUGACAACUACUCAUGGAACAAGCUUGUGGCACUCAAUUGCUUAUGCUGCUAGGAAAGCUCCUCUUCAAGAGAACAGGAGCUCAUUUCACCUGAAUGACCUGGAGCACAAUCUGGGACUCCAAGACAUGUCUUCACAGGGUUCUGAGGACAAGCUGCUGAAAGGGGCUGAUAAAAUAUCCUUUAAUCUAUAUGACUCAGAGGAGACAAUCAAUACAGAACCGUCCUUAAGUAUUGAUCGUAAGUCUUCCUCCACACUGAAUCUUUCUGCACCUUCAGAUGAGACAGGAGAUAACAAGAGUUCUCAUGCUGUGGUUCACAAUCAAGCCAUAGAAAGCAAUUAUUCACCAAAUGAACUAGAUGCUAGGCUGGAAGAAAGACCUCAAAAAGUUGUUUCACAAGACUUCUAUGAACCUUUUGAAGAGAAAAAUGUUUCUUUCUUAGACCUAGGACCCAGCAAACCUGUACAAGGCAAAACCUACACAGAUGAGAGUAACUCUUUGCCUGUAAAAAGUGGUGCAGAACACCAAGCCAAUGCUACCUUUGCACACACCAAUGACCUUGAGCCUUCCAGCUAUAUAACCACAGAAGAGAGGGAUGAAGUAAUCUUGGAGGACGUGUUUCAGGAUGCUACAGCCGCUAAGGAAUUAUUGGAGCUGGACCGUAUUGCCUCUUCUGAAUCAAAUGUUGUGGUCAAUGACACAAGGUCAUUCCCAAAUGCUAUCUUAAAGAGCCCUGAGCAGUUUCUGAGACACAGAAACAUGAGUGGCCCUGACUGGGGACCUCAACAAGCCAAGUCACUGCAGAGCAGAGACUUGGUGCAUGGUCUGGGUCUUUCUAACACCAGCUGGCCCAGCAGCAGGAAGCCCCUCUCUGAUGGUAGGAGAAUAGAGCGGGAUCUGGCCAGCCAGACCCCUGAGACAGCAGUGACACCAGGGACCGAGGCAGCAAUGGCAGCAAGAAGCUCAGAAAUGCAGGUUGCUGCUGAGGCUGCAGACGUGGCCUCAAACUGGGACCCAGUCUCCCUGGGGGCAGCGGCACACAGCAGGCGCUUGCAGAGCCCAGCUUUAGCUGAGGUGCAGCCAGGCAGAGAUGUGGUCUGGGGGGCUGCUGGAAGCCAGCAAGAUGGGGGGAGAAGUCAGAUGGAAGAGGAGACAAACUCCCUGGAGCAGCUGGGUCAGUUCAGUCCUCAGCCUCCCCAGCUCAAGGCAAAUACCACAGAGGACUACAUGCCUGAGAGACUGCCUGGGCAAAGCCCAGAAGAAAUGCCUACGAGACCAGCCAUCAGAGAAGGUCAGGGCAUAGGAGAGCCCAAGGAGGAUGGAGAAAGCAACAGCACAGCUGGGGAGAGGAACCAUGCACCAAGACAUAGGGAGGAACCAGCUAUGAACAACAGGACCCAUUCCAGCCUCUCGAGGCCAAAGGCUGCCAAGCCAGACUAUGAUGAGUAUGAGGACAGUGACACAGAGCAGACCAUGAAGGACUUUGACAUCUAUGGGGAAGAGGAGCAUGACCCACGUUCCUUCCAGGGGGAGGUACGGCAAUAUUUCAUUGCAGCAGUGGAGGUGAUAUGGGAUUAUGGAAAUCAGAGACCCCAGCACUUCCUAAAAGCCACGACUCCCUGGAGCAGCAGGAGGAAGCGAUCCUGGCAGUACCGAAAGGUGGUUUUCCGAGAGUACAUGGAUGAGUCUUUCACGCUACCGCAGAUGCGGGGAGAGCUGGACGAACACCUGGGCAUCCUCGGGCCAUACAUCAGGGCAGAAGUUGGAGAUGUCAUCAUGGUUACAUUCAAGAACUUGGCCUCACGGCCCUUCUCCUUCCACUCCACACUGACAGCCUAUGAGGAGAUGCAGGGCACAACGCAGCAGGGUGGGGUGGUGCAGCCUGGUGAGGUCCGGAAGUACUCCUGGGAAGUCCUGCCCCAGAUGGCACCCACCAAGCAGGAGUUUGACUGCAAGGCCAGGGCUUACUUCUCCAACGUGGACCUGGAGAAGGACCUGCACUCAGGCCUCAUUGGGCCACUGAUCAUCUGCCGCCCUCGGGUGCUGCACUCUGUCUUAAGGCGGCAGCUGGCUGUGCAGGAGUUCUCCUUGCUCUUCACCAUCUUUGAUGAGACCAAAAGCUGGUACUUCCCCGAGAAUGUGGAGAAGAACUGCCGUCAUCCCUGCCGUAUCCAGCAGGACAACCCUGACUUUAAGAGAAACCAUUCCUUCCACGCCAUCAACGGCUAUGUGAGUGACACACUGCCUGGGCUGGUGAUGGCUCAGCAGCAACGGGUCCGAUGGCACCUCCUGAACAUGGGCAGCACUGAGGAUAUCCACUCUGUCCACUUUCAUGGGCAGCUGUUGAGCGUCAGGACUAGCCAGGAGUAUCGCAUGGGAGUCUACAACCUUUAUCCUGGUGUCUUUGGAACAGUGGAGAUGUCGCCCUCACAUCCUGGGAUCUGGCGGGUAGAGUGCAAAGUGGGAGAGCACCAGCAAGCUGGGAUGAGUGCCCUUUUCCUCGUGUAUGAUCUGAACUGUCGGAACGCCCUUGGUCUGGCUUCAGGCCACAUUGCAGACUCCCAGAUCACAGCGUCGGGGCAGUAUGGGCAGUGGGCUCCUUACCUGGCUAGGCUGGAUAACACUGGCUCCAUCAAUGCUUGGAGCACCGACGGCAGCAGUGCCUGGAUCCAGGUGGACCUUUUGCAUCUCAUGAUUAUUCACGGCAUAAAAACCCAAGGGGCCCGACAAAAGUUCUCCAGCUUCUACAUCUCCCAGUUUGUUGUCUUCUAUAGCCUUGAUGGGCAAAGGUGGAAGAAAUAUAAGGGAAAUGCCACCAGCACCCAGAUGCUGUUCUUUGCAAAUGUGGAUGCAAGCGGAGUGAAAGAAAAUCACUUCAACCCUCCAAUCAUAGCCCGUUACAUCCGCAUUAACCCCACUCACUACAGCAUCCGGACCGCACUGCGCAUGGAGCUCAUCGGCUGUGAUCUUAACAGCUGCUUCAUGCCCCUAGGAAUGGAGAACAGAGGGAUCCAUGACCAGCGCAUCUCUGCGUCCUCCUACAGCACCAACACCUUCUCCAGCUGGUCACCCUCCCUGGCCCGCCUGAACCUUCAGGGGAGGAUCAACGCAUGGAGACCAAAGAGCAACAGCCCCAGCGAGUGGCUGCAAGUGGACUUUGAAGUAACCAAGAAGGUGACUGCGAUCAUAACCCAAGGUGCCAAAGCUUUCUUCACCCACAUGUUUGUGAAGGAGUUUGCUCUCUCCAUCAGCCAGAACGGUGUGCACUGGAGCCCAGUCCUGCAAGAUGGCAAGGAGAAGAUUUUCAAGGCAAACCAAGACUAUGAGAGCACAGUGACAAAUACCCUGGAGCCUCCACUCUUUGCCCGCUACGUGAGGAUAUACCCACGCCAGUGGCAUAAUCACAUUGCCCUGCGAACAGAGUUCCUUGGCUGUGACACUCAGCAGGAGUACUGA